ACUUAAAUUAUAAAAUUGGCAAUGUGUUGUUCUAUAGUAAUUUAUAAGACACGUGUCUAUCAAAAAAUUGUAAGACGCGUUAAUCACCGUUAAAACGACGGCGUUUCGAGGGACUUCACCGAGAUCAACCGACAUGGUGUGUGCAUGAUUUCCACUGGCGAGAGGAAGAGGGAAUUUGCACAACUUUCCCGGGAACCGAACGGCGGUUAGAAAAUUCUCCCUGAUUUUGUCUUCGAAAUAAUUAUCCAAGUUAGAAUAGAAAGAAAGAAGAAGUGCACUUACAUCGGGCGAGAAAUGGGAGCAUCGUCUUCGACACAGCAGGUUUCGACUGAACAACGGGAGGCCGAAACCCUAGCAGCUUCGACUGGAGCUCUUCCAAUGCUUCAGAAGUCUUUCUCUAGGCUUUCUAAUCCCGAAACUAAAGCGAUUCCCCUGACAUCUCUGCAGGAAUGCUUCUGUAUAGCUUUCAACAAUGCAAAGUGUGAAGCACCUUAUGUUCCUGACUACGUCUUGCAGUUGUUGGAUCAACUGGGUCCAUCCAUAGUUGACCUAUUUUUUGUGGCAGAAAAAGGAGGGAUAAGUUGGGUUGAGUUUGUGAGGGGUUAUACUAAAUGCUGUGGGAGGAUGUCAGCUGCAAUGUCCCUUGGUGCUUUGUUGAGGGUUUUUUCAGUUACGACUGUGAAAGUGGGCAUGCCUUCAAAAUUGCAGUUUGAAUCUGAUGAUGCUGAUUGUAAGAUAAGUGGCUCCCUCCAGCCAAAUGAGUUGCUUGUGCUUCUUUGGAUGUGUUGGAUUAUGACGUGGAGUUCUAGAAUCUCCAAAUUCUCCAAUGGAAAACUGAAUCUGGAUCUUCCGGAUAUAAAUAAUUUAGUAUUAUCAGCUAUUGUGUCAUGUACAGAAGUUGGCAGUGACUUGAAUUUAUGGGAUUGUGAUAUCACAAGAUUGGAAGUGCAACUUCCUGCAGGAAAAAUUCAUACCUGGGCCUUGAAUACAGUGCCAAAUCUUGCAGAUUGUUUUGUGCAUUUUGUCCAUGUUAAACUCCAAAACACUGCAACUUCAGAGAGUGAGAUGGAGGCCUCAAGUUCAUCAGUAAGUGAUGUUUCCUCAGCAAAAUCAUGUGAUGCUCAUCUUCUAACUUGUGGGAGGGCGUGGGCUAUUUCCCUAUCACCGAGAAGUACUAUAGGUCAAGAGAUUUUAAGAGUAUGUUUCCCUAGAGAUGGGGAAGGAUCAGAGGAAAGCCUUCUUUAUCGGUCAUCACUUCAUGGGAAAGGUUUGAACAGAUUCUGGUCAAAUAUUGAGGGUUAUCAUGGCCCAAUGUUAAUGUUGAUUUCUGCCAGUUCAGGAAAUUCUGAGGGUAGCACCAAUUCCAGGAGAUGGAUCAUUGGUGCACUUACUCAGCAGGGUUUCGAAAAUAAGGAUAUGUUUUAUGGAAACUCUGGGAAUCUAUAUGCUAUAAGUCCAGUUUUCCAUUCAUUUUCACCUUCUGGGAAGGAGAAGAACUUUGUGUAUAGUCAUUUACAUCCUACUGGUAGGGCAUAUGAGCCACAUCCAAAGCCUGCGGGGAUUGCAUUUGGUGGAACCAUUGGGAAUGAGAGAAUAUUUAUUGACGAGGAUUUUGCUAGAGUUACUGUUCGCCAUCAUGCAGUUGACAAAACUUAUCAACCUGGUUCCCUCAUCCCUGAUCAGGGGUUUUUACCUGUUGAAGCACGGGUUUUAGAUGUGGAAGUAUGGGGAUUGGGUGGAAGAACAGCCAGGGAAGUACAAAUCUCAUUUCAGAAGAGAGAACAACUUUUUACUGAGCAAAGACGCAAGGUUGACUUGAAAACAUUUGCGAGUUGGGAUGAUUCACCUGAGAAGAUGAUGAUGGAUGUUAUGUCUGAUCCUAACAGAGUUAAUCGGGAGGACCGCUAAUCAGGAGAGUACAAGUUCAAGCUUCAAGUGACUGGCUUAGAGAAAAUGAUUAUGUAAGUGAGAAUUUAUUAGGACAAUCGAAUGCACUACAUGUAUUUAUUUAAAAGAAAAAGGUGAAUGAGGAAAUGAUUCCUUUGUAACUCUAAGUUGUGACUGUACAGAAUGAAGGUAGACAUCUAAAUUAUGUUUUUAUUGCAUGCCAGAAAAGUGUCAACUAGCAUCCGAAUCCUGGUCCUGGUUGUAUUGGAAGAUUUUCCUGUUCCAUGCACGAUCCUUCUGCUUUGCCCCAAACUCUGCUAGCCAAACCUGAAUUGUCGACAUGCAUUUGAGCAGUGGUUUGUGGCGUAGGGAGUUGUUAAUGUGCAGCUGAAGGGGCAUAUUUCUCCAGUAGAAUUAUGCAAUAGGGAGAAUAUUUCAGGGGCUGGUGUCGCUGCCAUGUUUGCCAUAGUCGACUUCUAUGUCUUGAUGAGAGGAUUGCAGGUGCUUCAUUAAAGCUUCAUUGGGGAUUUCAGCAUCUAAAAUUUGUUGAUUAUGGCUCUGUGCUACUAGCCAUCCUAUCGAAUUGUCCAAAUUUCCUCAUUUAUGAGAUGGAAUGUUGUAUCUGAUAUAGUUUUAUAUAUAUUUGUAUAGAUCAUGGGAAUUCCCAUUGCUUUUUCAGAGUCAAA